AUGAAGCAGACUGGAGUGAAUUUUAUAUAUCACCAUAUAUGUAUAUACCUACCUUACAUACUAUCGAUUCUUCUAGUCUUGUUCGCGAUAUUCGUCGCUCGAGGCACCGGCAAGAAUAAUCAACUCCCUCGAGGUUCCUCUACCUUUGUUAGGCGUGCAAUCCCUUGCUCGAGGCGUACAUUAAUUCGAAGUAUAUUUAGACAUAUUAUAGAGUUCAAUUUGGCUGUUGAAACUGUGAUUGAGUCUGGGUCGAGAAACAUUAGCCAGGAGCAUUACCUAAAUCUCGCGGUCGAACAGCUCGAGGCUCGAAAUCGAGCAGUGAUACCAGCCUCAUGGACCACGCUACUCGCGAUCGGGCAAACUUAG